UCACCGGCAGCUCAGGAGUUAAAGGCGCAGUCGCUGUCGCUGGUGCUGAAGCGGCGCUGCCUGCUCUCGAGCACACGAGCCCUGCCUUGAGGAGUUGAGAGGUGCCCUCUUAGGACGUGUACCAGCAGCACAGUCGAGAGCUGCGAGAAGGAAGGGUAUGGACGAGACUGCAGGCAGACUUACGCACCACUUGCCGAUCAGCUCAACUGGUCCUCUGACUGUCGCUGCUGACAGCUGGACGUCCACGCUUGCCACCAUAAUGGACACUUCUGACUCGGAGGACGUCAACAGGAGCGCCCGCGCUGGUCCAUCCAACCUGACUGAUCCAAUCGACAUGUUCGCAGGGCUGCAGCUCCUCCUGCGCUUCAAGCCCCUCUUCAUCCCCCUCUACUCCCUCCUGGUGGUGGUGGCUUGCAUUGGCAAUGCCUUCCUGCUGACCUGCAUUAUGGUGGACAAAAAACUGCACAACGCCACCAACUUCUUUAUCGGAAAUCUCUCGGCCGCCGACCUCCUCAUGUGCCUGAGCUGCGUGCCUCUCACUGCUUCGUAUGCCUUCGAGGCUCGUGGGUGGCUCUUUGGCCGCUUCAUGUGCCACUUUGUGGCCCUCAUUCAGGCCGCCAUGGUGUACGUCUCCGUCCUGUCCCUAACGGCCAUCGCUGUGGACCGCUACGUGGUGGUGGCCUACCCCAUUCGCAAGCGGAUCACUCUGAAGUGCUGCGGGAUGAUCGUGGUCGGGAUCUGGCUGCUUUCGUUAUGCCUGGCCGCCCCCCCAUCUAUUCACACCAGCUAUCUUGACCUGCACCCCAUCGGUCACGACCUGGUGGUGUGUGAGGAAUUCUGGAUGGGUUACGAGAAGCUCCGGCUCCUCUAUUCCUGCCUGAUGCUCCUGAUGUCUUACAUGAUCCCCUUGCUGUCUGUCAUCAUGUCGUACUGUGCCAUCACCAUGCACCUGAAGCACCACAGCCUGCCGGGUGCUGUGGAGGCAAACCAGGCCAAAUGGAACAAGAAGAAGCGCAAGACCUUCAUGUUGCUCGUCACCUCCGUUCUGGCAUUUGCCCUCUGCUGGCUGCCCUUACAGAUUCUCAACCUGAUCCGCGACCUGGACGGGGACUUCCUCAUCAUCAGCAAGAAUUACGUUAACAUUCUGCAGGUCUCCUGCCACCUGGUGGCCAUGAGCUCCUCCUGCUACAACCCUUUCAUCUACGCCUCCCUCCACCACAAAUUCCGGGUUCACCUCAGGGGUUACCUGCGGCCGCGGCCCCACCGGCAGAACAGCCUCCUUUCCCUGAGGGCCUCUCGAUACAACAACACCUGCCUCAGCAUGGCUUCAGAGCCACUGUCCAAGGACGUCCGAGAAGGAGAUAGCUGCAUGCUCAAGGUGCUCUAGUCCAUGCCCAACUCCACAAGUUUCACGCUUUAUGUUGGAUCAUCUCACCAAAUGCUGCUAAAAGAAAUGGGAAGUGGAUUAACUGCAUGAUGUUAGUGAUUAGGGGGCCACCUUGCUUUCACUAGAUUUGGAAUCCCAAAGGGAUGAGAAAUGGAGAAGUCCUUGGACGCUGGCCAGCUCCUCUUUGUUGAUCAUUGCUGAUGCACCCGUUCCAUUUGGAGAUGGAAGGAAAUAUUUAAGCGGAGUUUGCUUCAUCCCGUGUGCUUCAAACUCUUUUCAUGUCUUUGUGCGUAAUUUUCCCAUGCGGUCUUUUUGGUCAGACGUCUAUAGACUUUGGGGCGAGUGGGCGAUGGGAAACGAUGAGAGAGAGGACUAUCUGUCAUCAGGGUGCAGAUGAAUGAAAAUGAUACCUGAUUGGUUGAGUUUGGGUUAAUGAGAGGAACAUAGAAAUGGUCCUCACUAGUAGAUACGAUAUGUCCUGACACGGCCAAUGGAAACCAUCCUCAUCGGUAGAAGGUUCUAAUCAGAAAGCAUGUCCCUUAGUGGACAAAUUAGGACUAAUAGUCUUGAUUGAAACCAUCAGGACUGGU